AUGUCUUUGUAAUAAAAACAGAAUUUAUUAGUCAAAGAAAUUAUUGAAAAGGGGUACAACAUUGAAGCAUUUCAAAAAAGCAUUGAUCAGCGUCACGAUCUUGAGCAAUGGGAUUAUGAUGAAUUAAUCGAAUUUGUUAAGAAAUUUUAGGAUUCACAAAAUGAUUAUGCUGCCAUUUUAAAAUGCAACAAGACUAUCCCUAAUGCUCUGGCGGAAAUAUAGGAUGCAAAAGCUAUGGUUGUUGGUUAUGAGAAGAUUUAAAAAGGCAUUUUUAAGAACACAUCUGUUUAUUUUAAAAUUGAAACCAAACCCAUUAAUUGGGUGGUCAAGAGAACUUAUGAUGACUUCAUUCUGCUCAAAAGUACUCUGAAUAAAAAUUUUACAGUCCCCAACAUCCCAAAUCAAAAGAAGUCCCCUGUAGAUUUUACAUAUAUUAAACAGUUAAGACAUUUGCAAAUGUUUCUGAAUUUCAUCCUUGGAGACAGCGAAAUAAGAAAUUUAACUAUUGUUUAGGAAUUUCUAUCAGCAGAAUAAUUUACAAAUAAUCAAUAGAUUAAUUUUUCAAAUAUGAGUGGUGAAGUUAGCGUUAGAAUAAAUUCACAAAUCACUAAUUUUAUUAAAUAGUCUGAUUACUUUUUAACGAACAUAUCACCUAUUCAAAAGAAGGCAUAUAAGUUAAUCAAGUAGUUGAUGAAGUAAAUGCAAUAAAAAAACCAUACUUUGAUUCAAUUAACUGAGGUGUACAAGGAAUUAUUUCGAGAAUCCAAAGCUCAAAAUACUAGACUGAAAGAUUGCUAUAAGAAUUUAAACGACUUGUUUGAAUCUUCGUAGAAAUUUGAAUCUAAUCAAAUAAAGAUCUUGAAUGAGACUAUUUAUCCCCAAUAGAGAUUUCAGUAUCAUCAAACACAACCUCUCAAAGAGCUACUAAUCUUGAGAGAGAAAUCCCUGAACUCGUAUCAAGACUUUUCUCAACAAUUAAAAUUAAAGAAAGAGAAAUUGUACCAAAUUGGCGAAGUUGUAAAAUGGGAUUUGGAUGAAAGCUUUUUGGAUCAUUUCAAAAUAGAUUAAAUAAAAUCAAAUCCUCAAAUUGCAUUCUAAUGCAUGUGCUAGACUUGUUUUUAGGAGAAUGCAUAGCAAUUGCAAUUGAAGAAUCAAUUCGGAGCUCUCAAUUAGAGAGCUUAUCAAACUGUUGAUUAGAUUAUUAAUUACACUUCUCUAUAAAUUAAGGAGUACUUGGAAAAGAUGGUGAAGUUGAUGACUUCAUCCUUCCAGUAAUAUUAAACAGUUUGGGUUGAAAUAUCAAAUAAUCUAAUAGAAAUGUGA